UUGCGGAAGCCAGUGUCGACACUCUCGAUUCCGGGUGCGAUGAAGAACAGCGGUGGAAGUGGUGGUGGUGGUGCUGGUGGUGGUGGUGGUGGUGCUGGUGGUGGUGUUGGAGGUGUUGGAAGUGGAGUCGGUAGCAGUGGUGGAGGAGGAGGAGGAGGGGGUAUCGGAGGUGCAGGUUGCGGAAGUGCAGGAGCUGCAAACGCAGGCGAGGAUGCUGGAAUUGCAUUAGUCGGUGUUCACAGCGAGUAUCCACGUUACGUCGACGAAAGGGUAUUAGGAGGAGGCCCUAUGAAGGGACCCUCGGCUGGUAGUAUAGGACCUGGCUCCAAACAUAAACCUAACGUUGGUUAUCGUCUCGGAAGACGGAAGGCACUCUUCGAAAAACGCAAACGCAUAAGUGAUUAUGCACUCGUUAUGGGAAUGUUCGGCAUCAUUGUCAUGGUCAUCGAAAACGAACUCUCCAGCGCCGGCGUUUACGGAAAGGCCUCGUUUUACUCGACAGCACUGAAAACCUUGAUCUCCGUGUCUACUGUGAUACUGCUUGGCCUCAUAUUUGCUUACCAUGCCUUAGAAGUUCAGUUGUUCAUGAUCGAUAACUGCGCGGACGAUUGGAGGAUCGCUAUGACCUGGCAGCGGAUCUCCCAGAUUUCGGUUGAAUUGCUGAUAUGCGCGAUCCAUCCGAUACCCGGGGAAUAUUAUUUCCUAUGGACGACCAAGUUGGCGAAUAAGGGUGGCGACAUUGGCUCCAAAUGGGUGCCGUACGAUGUCACCCUUUCGCUACCGAUGUUCCUUAGACUCUACCUCAUCUGCCGGGUGAUGUUGCUACAUUCGAAGCUCUUCACCGAUGCAUCCUCGCGCAGCAUAGGAGCAUUGAAUCGCAUUAACUUCAACACACGUUUCGUCUUGAAAACCCUGAUGACUAUAUGCCCGGGUACGGUGCUAUUGGUCUUCAUGGUCUCUUUAUGGAUCAUUGCCUCAUGGACGUUGCGACAGUGCGAAAGAUUCCACGAUGAGGAACAUGCGAAUCUUCUCAACGCCAUGUGGUUGAUUGCCAUCACGUUUCUCAGCGUUGGUUUCGGUGACAUCGUACCGAACACGUACUGCGGUCGAGGAAUAGCGGUUUCCACCGGAAUGAUGGGAGCAGGUUGUACGGCUUUGCUCGUCGCUGUUGUUUCCAGGAAACUGGAACUUACAAGGGCGGAGAAGCACGUUCACAACUUCAUGAUGGACACGCAGCUAACGAAAAGGUUAAAAAAUGCCGCAGCAAAUGUGUUACGAGAAACGUGGUUGAUCUAUAAGCACACACGCCUAGUGAAACGCGUCAAUCCUGGCCGUGUUCGAACGCAUCAACGAAAGUUUCUACUGGCAAUAUACGCACUGAGAAAAGUGAAAAUGGAUCAACGAAAGCUAAUGGACAAUGCCAAUACGAUAACGGACAUGGCCAAGACGCAGAACACGGUCUACGAGAUAGUCUCGGAUAUGAGCACGCGACAGGACGGGCUAGAGGAGCGGCUUGUUAGCCUGGAGGAUCGGUUGGUCGGUCUUGAAGAGAAAUUGAGCACGUUGCAGAGCCAAUUGGAGAUGCUACCGGAGGAGCUGACGCGGUGCCUAGCGCAACAUGCCGAGCGUAUGGAGCAGAGACGCAACUUCCUGCACCCGGACACGGCGGUUGCGAUGGCGUCUUCCGGCGGUGCCGGUGGUGGCGUCUCCGCCGGUAACAGCCUCGGCUUGGGCAUGUCCCAUGGCGUUUUGGCUGGCGGCAACGCCUCCGGUCAUCAUCCCUUGGCAAAUUUAGCGAACUCGCCGUCCCUCCUGCCGCAUUCAAGGAGCGUACCCAGCGGACCGAGUGCACCAAGCACCAUGUCUCUUCAUCCUUGGCCGGUGAGUCCGGUCCUACCACCUGUGUCUAGUCGUACGCCUCAUCUCGUCCCGGAGACUGGUCGACAUCAUGGCCACUCUACCGUCGUCGCUACGAUCCCGAGCAGCAGCACGCUGACGGCAGCAGCAACGGCGACAGCCGCAGCGGCAGCGGCGGCGGCGGCAGCGGCAGCGGCGGCGGCAGCAGCGACGACAACGACGAUGACGACGAUGAUGACCACAACCUCGCAAUCGACCACCAGGUUAACCUCCCAAGCCGGCAUGGGUGGACUCGGCAAUAGCCAAGGCUCGGACACAUCCGCGCACAGCUGAGUUUCGUCUCUGCAGCCGCAGCAUUCUUACUAAACGGGGAUCCUUCGAGAAUAUCUCCCUCUCUCUUUUUCUCUCUCUCUCUCUCUCUCUAUCUCUCUUUCUUUCUCUCCCGCCUUUCACCCUUGAUUCUCUCAAAUUCUCUCAUUUCCUUAUAACAAAAGCGGACGAUCUCAUCGUCUUAUACCUUGAGAGAAAAAAAUCUCGAUGAAAACAUCCUCCUUCAUGACGGGUCCAAUCCUUUUACCGAUUGACGUUGCCUAUUUGCCUAAAUAAUGCAAAGGACGGAAGUGUUUCUAUCGAUCGAUCGAUCGAUCGAUCGACCUUACGAGAGACGAGAGAGAGGAGUGGUGCGGUUAUCGCCUAAGCGCAAACCGAUAAAGAGAAUGGGAGGAAACUCGAGGCCGGUUUCUCUUCCAAUCUGCUGCUGCUGCUGCUGCUGCUGCUGCGUGCUGCUACUCUGCCCAACUUGCGUGCCUGAAAACUUUUUUUCUUAUCGAUAUAAAUAUAUAUUCGACACAGCACGGAAAUGCUCCACUAUAUAUAUAUAUAUAUAUAUAUAUAUAUAUAUAUAUAUAUAUAUAUAUAUAUAUAUAUAUAUAAAUAUAUAUAAAUAUAUCUCUCUAAUACCUCGAGUCGCGUAUGCGCGGACGGGCACGAUAUUGCGUGUUUUAUUAACUCGAAUUGGAUUGUGCAAAGUGUUGCGUUGAGGAAUACAAUGUUUCCUUUCGAGUUCGACUCGCGCUGGCUCGAGCAACUAACAAAUUUGUACGCAUUCGUAUUACCUUUCUAUCUUCUAAAGUAUCGAAAUAUAUAAUAUUUUUCUUGAAAUUUUAUAGUCCUUUAAACGACGAUAAUUAAGCCUACGUUCAAUGAAAAUACAUAUAUAACUAUACCAGCUGAUGCGCAAGUUUAUUAGAAGGAAGAAAAAAAAAAAACAAUGAAAAAAAGAAAAAAAGAAGAAAAAAAAAGGAAAAAAAAAAAGAAUAGAGAGAGACAAUUGUACGCAUAAUAAGAA